CUUAAGUCGACAAAAGUGAAAAAUUUUGGCGUAAAAAUUACCACGUAAAUAUUUACAGGUUCUUGUGACGUCAGAAAUAAAUACGGAAGUCGCCAUCUUGGAUUUUGGUAAACAAUAUCAAGAUGGGGGGCAUAGCAAGUCGUGAUACAGGUGAAGAAGAAGUUGAUAUAGCAUCAACGAAUGCUUAUCGGUAUCCACCUAAAAUAGGAAACUACUUUGGGACCCACUUCUACAUGGGAGGGGAACGCUUUGACAUGAGUCAACCUGAGUCCUAUUUAUUUGGUGAAAACUCAGACCUCAACUUCCUGGGAAACAAGCCUAUUCCAUUUCCAUACCAAGUUUCCUCUUCGGGAAGUGAGCCUACUAAGCCACUGAAAAGUUUGGUCAACAUUCGUAAAGACUCUCUGAAAUUUGUCAAGGUAGAUGACAGUGAGGAUGGUUCUGGAGGUGAUAAAACUGACUCCAUUAAUACAAAGUACAACAUUGAGUUCACAUUCGAUUCAGAUUCAAAGUGUGCAAUAACUCUCUACUACUUUGCUACAGAAGAUGUCAACAAUGGUCAGAUCACGUUUCAAUCAAGGGAGCCGUGUCUGAACUCAGAGACCUAUCGUUAUAAAAGAGGUGCUAAUCAGCUGUUUUCUCAGCCCACACAUGUCCUGGACCCCAGUAAAUACAGCGAUGAGGAGUGGCAGUAUGAUCCAAUGAAGGAGGCCAUCCCAGUCAUUAUCAGCUGUGUGGUGGAAGAUGAUGAUCAUCCAUGCCAUUGUCACCUAACCUAUGCUGUGGUGGAAAAGAGCUCAGUUGAUGGAGGCUACAUGAUAAAAGCAUUAAAACAGAAACAGUUUGUGGACGGGCUACUGUAUCUUCUGCAGGAAAUAUAUGGAAUUGAGAACAAACACACGGACAGAUCAAAGCUGGAAGAUCCUGAUGAUGAGGUGGAGGACAGUGGAGCAGAGUGUGUCAUCUGUAUGUCAGACAUGCGUGACACACUCAUACUGCCAUGUCGCCAUCUGUGUUUAUGUAGUAACUGUGCUGAAUCCCUCCGCUAUCAGGCAUCUAGUUGUCCCAUUUGUCGCUCACCAUUCAGAGCAUUACUACAGAUCCGUGCCAUGAGGAAAAAACAACCACUGUCUGUACAAACAGGUGAGACGGAAGAGAAUCCAGUGAGCCAGGAGGGGGUCCCCACGGGGUACGAGGCAGUGUCUCUGAUUGAAGCAGUCAAUGGACCGUGUAAUCAGCUGUUUACUGUUGAUGGAGGCUUGCAGCUUCCAGUGAGGACAGUAGCUCCAGGAGACAUUGAUAACAGUUACAGAGAAAAGAAAAGGCUCUCAAAAAGACAUGUCAUCAGUGUGAAACCCGAGGAGCCGGUGGUGAGCCCCAGCAUCAAACCUGAUGAUAAAAAGGUGUUAGAUGAGGAGGAAGAGGAGAGAAAGAAGGACAUCCCUGUAGAGGUGGUCAGAAUGGAGAGGAAAUCCUCCAAGAAAGAUCCAGCUAAAUCUCAAUACUCUGAAAACAAGGACAUUUCAGAUGAAUCAAGUGCUUCAAAGAUUGUAAAUGUAUCUGACUACAAUACAGACAGCUUAGACAGUAAGGGGAUGCGGCCUGCCUCACUGAGAGUCUACGAGUCGGAGGCAGACAGUGAUUACGACAUUAAGCCGAUGACACUGAAUCAAGGUCACCUGUCCACAGAGAACUUGGCCGAUGAUGAGAGAGAGGACAGCUCAGAGCCCGAGCCUGAACCCGAGCCCGACUAUGAGGACGACCUGUCAGCAGAAGCAGUAAUAUCAGGAUCAUCUCCCAAUGUGUCACAAGACACGUGUUUAACAGAUUUUGAGGAGAAUGGUGUCACCUAUGUCAAGGGGUUGAGUUUAAGUAUGAAUGACAUGAACAGAGACAAUUCGGGCUACCAUCCUCUGUGUUUACAGAGUAACGCCUCCUUACCGGAUAACUCCACCAGUGGAACAGAGGCAUCCAGCUUCGGAAGUAACUACAGUAGUGGCAAGCUCCUACCAGACAAUUCAGAAAAUACAGACUGAAAAUUUCUCCUAUGUAUCAAGAUUUCUACCAAACAUAUAUUAGUUUCUGUAUAGUUGGAACCAAUUAACAUGUCUUAUCUUUCUUCUUAAAGUGAGAGCUGGUUUUUCACUUCAUAAUCCUAGUCUACAUACAUUAUAAAUAACUGUAUUAUCCUCUUGGCUUUAAUCAUGGUUUUGAUUAAAGCACACAUAAUUUAUCAUGUUCUGCUGUCCAUUCAGAUUUGCAUCACAGAUAAUUUUAUUCAUAUUUUAAUUUAUUUUGGGGGUUGUGUUUGGUACAGUUGAAUACUGUCAAAAUGUUUUAAAUGGAAUACAUGUAAUAUAAAACUUAAUUUAAUAUCACUUUAGUCUUAUCUAUGUUGUAAUUUAAGACUGUUGAUUGUUAAAACUGUUGUGUACAUUGCUUAAUUAAGAUUGACAACAAACCUGUAUUGAAGUUGUACAAAUCAACAAAAUAAUGUAGAAAAGGAAUUUAAAUGAAAUAAUUAUACCGUAUAAGUGGAAAUUUUAGCGAGAUGCAAAUUUAGCGAUUUGUCCUCAAAAAAUGGUAUUCAAUUUUUAGCGAGAUGUAAUGUUAGCGAUUUUAAAAUUCUCACCAAAGAAGCUAUAACAUAUAAAAUGCAAUCAUUUUUAGCGAUAUUCAAUUUUAGCGAUCUCAAUACCCUCGCUAAUAAUGCCAAAAUUAAAUCCUCGCUAAAAAUUCUACUUAUACGGUAUUAAUUUUGACACCAUUUCCCUUAAAACUUGACAUUCUUGUAUUCAGUGCUUAUACUUAUAGUAAUAUUUAUUUCUUGUUUCUUUUUUCAAAACAUUUUAAGACAACAUUCUUGCCAGCUGAGAUGUAGUCAAGUAGUAUUCUGAGUACUAGUAAUGUAUUGGCUGUGAACAACAAAUGAUUUGUCAAAUAUUUGUAAAAUAUUGUUAAUUUCACAUAAUUGAUCAUGAUGGUAAUGUUAUUGUACAAUGCAUAUUAAAAUUGUUUGAUAUAAUUAUAAAAUUGAUUCAAAAUAUGA